GAUCACCUUAUUUAAUCGGCUUAAAUUUAAUUUGAAUGUUAAAUGUAUACUGUAAUAUAUAGUAUCAAUAAUAAUAUAAAAUAAUUUAUGUUAAAGUUAAGUUAAAAGAUAUUUUUUUAAGUUUAAAUUUAACCAAGGAGAUGCAGAUAUUCGUAAAGUGCGAAUCUGAGGGAGGCGUACCGGAAUGGGCAUUAGUCGAGCUGCAGGGUCUUAUUCAAAUGAAAGAAGAGAAACGAAAUGGUUCUACUGUAGUCGGCGACUUGCAUUACUUCAGUAGGAACCGUCACCCGGUGCUCGUGCUCGGCCAUCAUGUUCUCAACGGCAAAGAGGUUAAACUGGAACAGCCGAUGGCUGUCAUGGAAAAAAUAAACGAAGAAGACAAAGUCUCCUACAGAGUAAAGGCCAUUGUUAAGAAGAAACUUUUGUUUAAAUCAAGACCAAAACCUAUAAUUUCUAAUGUUAGUGAAAGAGUGUGAUUGUUAAAUAAAAUGUAUUAAUUAUUA